AUGACUCCAACCACUAUGAUGACCACACUUGACGUGAUCUCGCCUACAGAGCCGUCGUCAAACUUCACAUCGUUGGAUUUGAUAACUCCAAGUGAUCCAACAACAUCAUCUUCGGCUCAAAAUAAUAACACAAAUGGGAAUGUGGAGGCGUCAGGCAAUUCUCAAGCUCUUGUUCCAUGUACCAAUGCUAAUACCGAAGGGAAUAGUAAUGAUAAUAAUAAUAGUUACUAUGGAUUACGAAUUAAUGUUAUUAGCGAUGUGCUAUUCUCCUGUUUCCGACCAACUUUCUGGAGUGGAAAUGCACGCACCAAACCAACAACAAGUGUUACUCAGGAUGAUCGUGAAAUAGCAUUUGAAUCGAUCAAGACGUUAGAUUUUAUAGAUGCUGGAUCACAAGCUGCUGUAUUCAGUGGCGAAUAUAACGGACAACUAGUUGCUGUUAAGAAAGUGAAGAAGUUAGAAGAAGUUCAGAGUGUAAGAAAUCUGAUGAAUCUGAAGCAUGACAACAUCAUAAAGUUCAUUGGAGUAUGUACCCAAGCCCCUUGUUACUGUAUCAUCAUGGAGUUAUGUGAGAAAGGAACUUUGAGCACUUUGUUGAAAAGUGAAGAUAUCAUAUCUCGUGGUGAUUGGGUUCGUUGGUUGAAAGAGAUUGCUGAAGGAAUGCUCUACUUGCAUGACAACAAAGUGAUUCAUCGUGAUCUCAAGAGUCCAAACCUUCUGGUUUCCAACAACAAUCAAAUCAAAAUCUGUGAUUUUGGUACAUCCCAAGUACGUCAAGACAUGAAGUCAAUGGUUAUGUCCUUCUGUGGAACUGUCAGCUGGAUGGCUCCAGAAGUCAUUCGGAAGCAAAGCUGCUGUGAAAAAGUGGAUGUUUAUUCAUUUGGUGUUGUUUUUUGGGAAAUGCUCACAAGAGAGAAACCUUAUAAGAACAUUGAACCAAUGACAAUAAUGUAUAACGUUGGUCGCAAAAAACUCUCUUUGCCCAUCCCCUCAUUGGCAUCAGAAGGAGCCAAGAUACUUUUGAAGCAGACCUUGAGUGAGAAUCCUCGUAAUAGACCGUCUUUCCGUAACAUCUUGUAUCAAAUUGGUAUUUUGGAAUUCGAACUUAAAAAGUUCAACGAUGAGUCAUGGCAUGAGCAUCACAGUAAGAUGAGAAGAGAAGCCGAAGCCUAUGAGUAUCCCGUGGAAACAGCUCGUGAGCCGGAAACAAGCAAGAAAGCUGCUGAACUGGAACGUAGUCGUCGUAAAGUUUUAAAACAUGCUGAGGAGAUCCGCAACAUGUAUGAAAACAGAUAUCAACGGGUAACGGAAAUGAUGUCUAUGCUGAAUCAGUGUCAUCAAAAACUGAUAGAUAGAGAAGAGGGGCUAAACAAAUGGGAAUUAGAAUUGCUACACCACCAGCGGACAAUGGAAGCACGUUAUCCAGGGACCAAAAGCAUAGUAAUCCGAGCGGGUCCUCAAGCUUUGAGAGGAGCCAAACAAGACAUUUCAAGUUCUAUAAUUCCAUCAGCUGCCUCUUAUGGUCCUAACGGCUAUGAUUCGUCUUCUAGUGCUGAAGACAUGAACGAUUUUGCCGAUUUCUCUCGCCAAUCAUCUUAUCGAAGCUCGGCCGGCCGCUUGAAAACAGAAAGAGAUCCAUCAUUCAGCUUUAUGAACCGAGAUACAAGGGCUUUCUCUGAACAGCAUCAUGUUGAUAAUCUGGUGAGAGGUUGUUCAGCUCGGAAUAGCGGAUACUCCGUAGAUAGUGGAGUGAAUCUCAAUUGCAGUCUUUCAGUUUUAAAUUUAUCGAAUCAAGGAAUUUCUUAUCCCAUGGUUCGUCAUGUAGAUGGUCGCGCAUCCGACUCUAAGCUUUCUGCUAAGCGACGUUCUCAUCCAGAUAAAUGUAGAAGAUCAGAGUCGUAUCAAUCGAGCUAUCGAUCUAAGGAGAGAUCCGCAAAGCACUCAAGCAUUCGUAGAAUGAAAGUUAUGGAGCAGACUGCCAGCACAUCAAAAACAAUCAGUGACGAUGACAAAAAUCAAAACAAUCAAUCAGGAUUAAAUCAGUUGAAAACAGAUGCUUCAUCUGAAAACAGUGACGAAGAUUACGUUGAAUCGAAUGGGAACAAAGUGAAAAAUAGCUUCAAGCCAGCGGUGCGUUCUUCUAUGUCUGGAAGAGUCUCAUCUAACGACGAUCCGAAUGAUGACAGAAAUGAUGAAGUUAACAUACUAACCAGCUCAAAUACUUCUGCUAUGGCUUCAUCACUGGAGAGAGCGCUUGAAGCAUCUGAUGGUUUGAGUGAUAAAGAGAAAGUUGUAAGAGCUGCUUCUGCUACCAUCAAAGGACAUCGACGUUGUUACUCGUAUCCUAUCAAUAACUUCUCUUACCCAAUGGAUGAGAUAAGCGCAGACAGUGAGGACGAAGUAGAUGUCUAA